AUGACCUGGGGGGGCCUGCGUGGAGCGGUCGGCCUUGCGCUGGUGUUGUCCAUGCGGGAGUUGCUGAUGCAGCAGGGCAAGCAGGAGACGGCACGGCUCAUGGUCUUCUUUGUCUCGGGCUUUGCUGCCCUCACAUUGUUGGUGAAUGCCACAACCUGCAGUUUGCUCUUGAAGUGCUUGGGUCUCACAAAGACGCCUGAGGCUCAGAGUGCAAUCCUGGAGCGUCUUCGUCAUGAACUGUUUGUGGUGUCUCGAAGAGCCUUCACCGAUUCACUCGACUGCGAUGGCCGUUUCAAGGCGGUGAAGGAGCGUGAAAUCAAUCACAUGCUGGAGCACUUGAACGCAGAGUUGGACGAACCACAUGAGGAGUGGAGCAUGAAACUGAUUGGUGCUGGGAGAUGGACCCUUUCAGGCCUCACCGUGUCCAACAACAUCAACCCCUUUGCGGUACGUCCAGCCCCCGAAGGUGCAGAGCCCGAGAAGCAAGAAGAGAAGCCAGAGGAGAAGCCAGAGGAGAAGCAAGACAAAGGCCGAACGUCAGCGCUCGGUGCGGCACCACCACGGCGCUCAAGUAUACAAGCAUGGGACCACCACUGGUGGUGGGGCUUUGAGGAGAUCAAAGUGGACCGUGAGGCCACCUGGACUAGACAGACGAGCCAAGAGAGGCAAGCUGGGCAAGCUGCGCCGGGGUCCCAUCAGGAGCGGGAGGUCUUUCGGAAGCUCUUUAUGUCCAUGUUGCGUGCCGAGUAUGUGCGGCUGAUGGAUGUGGGAAUGCUUCCAAGACGAGCUUCAGGCGCUGAGCACCUCUUGGCGUCGGUGGAUGCUGCGGACGACUGGGCGGCCGUGCGUUUGAACGAUUGGACGAUCUUGGAAAAGAAACUCCCACGUCGAGCAAGCUGGAUACGAGUCAAGGUGCGCGAGAUGCUCUCACCAUACUUUGUGUUUUGCCCUGUUGAGAUUAAUGGAGGUUCACAUUUCUUUGAUCUCUUCACUGUCGUGGCCUUCAUCGACGCGCAUCACACAGUUUGUCAUGGACUACUGCAGAGUGACUGGUUCUCCACGGAUGCUCGUAGCGACGUCAUCGAGGAGUCGCUGGCAGAACUUGAAGCUGCUCGAAAGUUUCUCAAAGAGAAUCGCGUUGGAGAGCGGGACAUCAGCAAAGUUCGUACGCUACAGCUGGCCAGCAUGCUCUUCCAGACGCAGCAGGAUCAAGUGGAGAAGUGGAAGCAACAGGGUAUCAUUUCGGCGAAGGAAAUGGAGGAGUUGCUCCACCUGGUGAAGCACGGCCUGGACCGGUCGGAAAUGAUCUUGAAGAAACAGGUUCUCGGAGAUGAAGAGGUAUCUCCCAAAUCGUCCAGGAAGAUGACCUUUUCCACCCUCGUCCGACUCCUACCGGGCCGAUGA